AUGGCGGUGGAGAUAAUAUACGGCGGACACGAAGAAUCUUAUGGAUUGCUACCAGGCUAUCUUCACAUGUUGCGGAUGUGCAAUCCAGGAUCGGUGACCGACUUGGAAGUUGAUGAGAAUGAUCAGUUGAAGCAUCUCUUCAUAGCACUUGGUUCUUGCAGAGUCGCGUACACUAUGUGCAUGAGGCCAAUAAUUGUUGUUGACGGAACACACUUGAAGGGCCGCAUUAAAGGUAUUUUGUUUGUUGCCGUCACAAAGGACGGCAACGAACAAGUGUUUCCAAUAGCUUUUGGGAUUGGUCCAAUUGAGAAUGAUGAAUCGUGGAAGUGGUUUUUCUAUCUGUUGAAUGAGGCUUAUGGUCAGAAUUCUGAGACGUUGAUUAUUUUCGAUGCCCAUAUCACUGUUGCUUUCUACCAAAAGGCGGCUUAUGCAUAUCGAGAGAGUGAUUUUGACAAGGCAAUGGCAAGCUUAAAGGCAUUAAACGAAGACGGGGGAGCAUAUACCAAACUUAUGCAGGUUGGUCCUGAGAGAUGGGCUAGAUCUAAGUGUCCUGUUCGUCGCUAUAGUUUUCUGACCUCAAAUAUUGCUAAAUCUUUCAAUUCUCGUUUACUGUGGGCAAGACGUCUGCCUAUAUGCUCUAUGGUUGAGGCGAUCCGUCAUAUCAUAGAAAAAUGGUUUGAUGAAAGACAGGAAGCUGCAAAGACGUUUUCUGUAAAUAUUACACCAGAGGCUCUACGAAAGCUUACUGAUGAAUUGGAGAGGUCGCGGAGAUAUGAGGAGGUUGCCAUGUCUCCAUCUGCUUUCAAAGUAAAAGAUUCAAACAGGUCAUUCAAAGUGAAUGUACAAACGCAGUCUUAUACGUGCUUCGAAUGGGACAUGAACCUACUACCGUGCCCGCAUGUUGUUGCAGCUAUAAGGCAUUUAGGCGAUGACUUAUCUAAGCAUGUUGGAGACUAUUAUCAAUCAGCAAAGCUACGAGAGGCAUACUCGUAUUGGGUAAACUCUGUCCCGUCACAUGCUUCAUGGAUAGUCCAUGCAGAUGUUGCAAGUAUUUAUGUUUUACCUCCACUAUGGAAGCGACAGUCUGGUCAGCCAAAAGAAAUACGAUAUAAGGGACCCACUGAGAAAGAUUCACAAAAGCAGAAGACGACACCAGGCAAUGCGGCAUCCACAAGAAAAUCUACAAGCAAAAGUCGUGUUCCUAAGACGUGUAGUUUGUGUGGAGCGAGAUCGCAUACACGUCCCAAUUGUCCUUACUUACUGCAAGAUGAAUGA